CUUCAGCACCAGGAACAGAGGGCCAGCUUGCAGAGCGCUUCCGAAGGCGGAUAAUCCUCAUCUCAACACGCAGUCUUAAUACUGACAGGAAAGGAUUGCCAUUACUCACCUCCAGGAAAACACAUUUGGAAGCUAAUGCAAGCACCGAACACGAAGUCCGCCUUCAACAGAAGCUCGGAUGAGCAGAGAAAUGGAUAUUUGCAUUUCAGCUCGUGUGUAUUGUGCAAAUAACAAAAUCUGAAACUGAUGAGCACCAUGGUGGGGACAUUCAGUCUGGCUUUAACUUUUAUUGCUGCGGCUCUUUGGCGGGUCAGCGGCGAGCCACUCACUCCUUCAUUUGCGACGCAGUUAAAUUCAACAUCAUCAUCAUCCACCGUCAGCCAAGAUGAAUUGACGAAUAAUGCUACGGAUGCUGCCGUGGGAUCCCGGAUUUCACCUCUCAUGACGCAUCUUCCAACACUGAAAAACAUAGUUUUUUUCAUCUUUGUGUUAACAGCUGCUCUCAUCACAUGUCUGGUCAUCAAAGUGAUCAGAUCUGGCAGACGAAUCAGAAAAACACGAAAAUACGACAUUAUAACUACACCAGCGGAGCGUGUUGAGAUGGCCCCUCUUAAUGAGGAGAACGAUGAUGAAGAUGACUCGACCCUCUUUGAUGUCAAAUACAGGUGAAUGCCAAGCUGGACAUUAAUAUUUCUGAGCUCCUCUGUUCCCCCAACCCGAGUGAUUUCCUGUAUCUUUUGCGUUACCAUCUAAGUCUUAUCAUAUCAGCGACUUCUGCAGCUUGUGCAUGGCUUUUAUCUGUGUUAAAAUGAAUGGCGCCGUUGGGAUAUCAGCGUCUGCUGUUUUGCGAAAGCUUCUGUCAUGUGAUCCGAAUAACCUGCUCUGUUUUUCUAAUAUCGGAGAUGAGGAGCCUUCAUUGUGUUAUCUCAAACGUCAGUGAGCUUUAUCAGACUGUAGGUGGUGUGGAGUUGACUGAGAUAUCAGCUUCAUCUCGUCUUUUGUUUUUCUGCACCUGAAGCUUGAGUCAGACAAGCUGAGGAGUUGGUAGAAGGAACCAAAGUUUGUCAUUAUUGUAAUGAAUGGUUAAUCAAUGUUGAAUUAAUGGUUGAAAAAGUUAAUAAGCAAGAAAUAAUGUGCAGAUGACAUUCUUCAAUUUUAAAACUUGCAAGAAUCUAGUGAUUCUUUUUUAACUAAACCAAAUCUUAUCUUACCUACUAACCACUUUAUUGUGCAUAUAUACUGUUAAAGGUUUUCCAUCCUUUAUGUAUAGAGUGAGCGUAUAUUUUUUUACUGUGUUGUUUCAGGUUUGGUUUUAUUUUGCUGCUAUCUCAGCUGAAGUUUAUAUUUUAAAAAUCUGACUGAUAGCUAAAUAUUACUAUUGGGAUGCAUUAAUAUGGUAGGUAUGUCAUUUUCCAUGAAUGUGAAGGCUGUAAUAUGCUGUAAUUAAGUGUGUUGAAUUGCAAGAAUUUCAUGUAAUGACUUUAUCUACAAAUGAACAGUAUCAGCGGGAGGUUUGAAGACUGUGGUCGAGACAAAAUCGCAUUUAUUUGUUAAAAUUAUCCCCAAAUUUAAUAUCUUGUGUGCCAGAUAGUAAAUGAAUAGCCAGCCCCAUGGUUAGUGUCUAUUUAUGGCUAAUUGACUUCAAAUGUGAUUUUCUUGGACUCCACUGUAUUAAAUGUGCUACUUUACAUGCUACUGGAGCUCACAGAAAGUCAAACCAGCACAAGCUGCCAGCAAGGUUUCUCUCUUUUUUUUAAAUCAAAGGUGACUUCUCUUAAAAAAAAAACUACUCACUGAUUUAAUGUUGGGUUUUAAAAUAAUCUUAAAAUAAUUUGGUCUGCUAUAAAUUGAUUAAAGGGAUAUAAAAUCGAUAAGAACACCUUGAGAAAUUUGUUAUAAUCCAAAUUUGCAACCAUCAACCCAAAGCUCUGUCUCCUCUGGCUGCACAAUAACAGGCAGAACAGAUGCAGGUUUGGUUUCUGUGGCUGAUGUGAGUGUGAGGUUUCAUAGGUGACCUUCUGUUUUAAUCCAAGCUGUUACUUGAUAGUGCAUCCUGCUCUACAGCUGCAGCCGAUGACCUCCACCCUCGGUUCAAUAUGAAAGCUAAAGAUACCGAUCUUGAGUGACUGAUGCUGGAAAACCCUAUUAGGCAUUUUCUGUUCAAAAUAAGAACAUUGUGCAUUCUUUUCUUUAAAAAAAGAAUAACUGUUUUAUUUUGUCAGAGGACUGAAUGUGUUAUUGUCACUGUUAACAAGUAAGCAGCUGUGUGUAUGACCGUGAAUCAGACGUAUUUUUAUAUGACCUUUAGACAACUCCUGGCAGUUUCUUGUGCUUUCCAGCUGCCUGUGAUCCCUUCUCAUGUCAGUAUCGUUGCCUGUUAACGUUUGGUGUUGUAGAUCCAUUUUGUGGUGCCACUACUAAGUUUCUGUCAGCAUCCUUUACUUUGCCCUGAGUUGUGUGGAAAAAUCCUGCUCAUGUAAACAUGCUAAUAGUGGAGUUUUAUUGGUGUUAAAUAAUCUGUUACUCUUGUAAAAUAAAUCAAAGUUGUGGCCAGGAAGAUAUUUAAACCCCUAUUUCUUUACACCACCACUGGAAUAAAGUGGCUUCCUUUGAAGUGUUAAAUCUUUAAAGGGAGAGGCUUGAAAUGUUCCCCCAUUUUGAUGUUUAGUUUUAUUUCUGUAACGGAAAAGUACAUUCACACUGUCAAAACUGCACAAUUCAAGUGUCCAUGACUCAUAUGAAAAUUUUUUCAAAUAAAGAUCUAAGUAUA